CGGAAAGCGUGUCACUAAACUCCCGAGUGAUUCAUCCUAUCAAACAUAUACGAUCUUCGCUACAACUCUUCUGACAGCUAGCUUGGAAAGAAACUCUACAACGCUUUAAACAAGCUGCCCUCCUACAGAGCUGGGUGGACAGGAAGGGGAGAUCUUUAACCCUAGUCUCCCCAGCUAACUCUGAGUAAAGCAGCCAGCCAUGGAUGACAGCUCCUCACUCGGAAAAGUCAGCAGCUCUACCGAGUCCGUGGCCACCGUCACCAGCGAGGAGUUUGUUCUGGUCCAGUCCAGUGCUGCUGGGUCACCUCAGGGCUCAGGGGGCAAACCAAGACUCAAGAUGUCUUGGAAUGGCAGUGAGCAGCUGGAGAAAGCAAUGGAAGAGCUUUUGGAUGACGAUGAUGACGAGGUUAAGGUGGAGAAGAGCAGCGUGGAAAAGAUGGAGAAGCACAAGGAUCCAGAGAGCCGAGUCCUGGAGCCCCAACAUGCAGAAGCAUGUCCAGCACCAUCCAGUCCCACAGCUCCAGAGGAGGACAGUGUCCAGUUCAACAAGUUGUCCUACCUUGGCUGCACCUGGGUCAAAGCCCCUCGCAACGAGGCUGAGGCACAGAGGGCCAUGGCCACACUGAGAGCUGAAAGUGCCAUCCCCAUCCCCAUCACCCUGCAUGUCCCCUGUGGACCAGAUGGCUCUGUCAGGAUCGUGGACCAGGCUUCAGGCACUGAGAUCGCCUCCUUUCCCAUCUACAAGGUGUUGUUCUGUGCUCGUGGACAGGAGGGCUCAGUGGAGAGUGACUGCUUCUCCUUUACGGAGAGUUACCGGAGCUCCGAGGACUUCCAGAUUCACGUCUUUUCGUGCCACAUCAAAGAGGCGGUCAGCCGCAUCCUGUACAGUUUCUCCACAGCCUUCAAGCGUUCUUCACGGCCCGCAGACAUCAGGGACAUGGGAGUGUCUGGACCGCCCGACAGCGACCUGUACACCUUCACUGUCUCACUGGAGGUCAAAGAGGAUGAUGGCAAGGGAAACUACAGUCCAGUGCCUAAGGACAGAGAUAAGUUCUACUUCAAACUGCGUCAGGGAGUUCAGAAGAAGGUUGUGGUUUCAGUUCAACAAAUGUGCAACAAGGAACUCGGCAUCGAAAGGUGUUUUGGGAUGCUGCUGAGUCCAGGACAGAAAGUCUGCAACAGUGACAUGCAUCUACUAGACAUGGAGUCGAUGGGAAAGAGCUCUGACGGGAAGGCCUAUGUGAUCACAGGAACAUGGAACCCCAACAUGGCCGCUUUCCAGCCUCUAAAUGAAGACACGCCUAAAGAUAAGCAGGUCUUCAUGACAGUGGCAGCAGACCUGGUGGUAACUGAGGUGGUGGAGCCGGUGCGCUUCCUGAUGGAGACUCCGGUCAGGGUUUAUCCAUCAAACGAGCGCUUCUGGUACUUCAGCCGCAAGACCUUCAGUGAGACCUUCUACCUAAAACUCAGACAGCAGGCACCAGAGAGGGUGGGUCAGAGCGAGGCUGUGUAUGAGGUGGUGAGUCUUCAGAGGGAGGCAGAGAGGAGCAAUGAAGGAAGAGGACGACAGACCUCGCCCACUGAGGAAGAGGAGGCUGAUGAAGAGAGUGACAGUGAAAUCUCCAGUGGGACGGGAGAUGUUUCUAAAGACUGUCCGGAGAAAAUCCUCGAGUCCUGGGGAGUCAUUCUCAACAGAUGGCAUGGAAAUCUGUCCGCUCGUCCAAAGGGUUUGCCCUCGUUGGUCCGCAGCGGAAUUCCUGAGCCACUCAGAGCUGAAGUCUGGCAGCUGCUGGCCGGUUGCCACGACAACCACGACCUGCUUGAGCAAUACCGCAUCCUCAUCACCAAGGACUCGGCUCAGGAAGGUGUGAUCACUCGGGACAUUCACCGCACCUUCCCUGCACAUGACUACUUCAAGGACUCAGACGGAGACGGACAGGAUUCACUGUACAAGAUCUGCAAGGCUUACUCCGUCUACGAUGAGGAAAUCGGUUAUUGUCAGGGUCAGUCAUUCCUCGCUGCGGUUCUCCUGCUGCACAUGCCUGAGGAACAGGCCUUCUGUGUGUUGGUGAAGAUCAUGUAUGAGUACGGCCUUCGAGCUCUCUACAAAAACAACUUUGAGGAUCUUCACUGCAAGUUCUACCAGCUGGAGAGGCUGAUGCAGGAACAGCUUCCAGACCUGUGGUCCCACUUUCAGGAACUGAACCUGGAGGCACACAUGUACGCCUCCCAGUGGUUCCUCACCCUCUUCACUGCCAAGUUCCCCCUUUGCAUGGUUUUCCAUAUCACUGACCUUCUGCUCUGCGAGGGUCUCAACAUUAUCUUCAAUGUAGCCCUGGCUCUGCUCAAGACGUCUAAAGAGGACCUCUUACAGGCGGACUUCGAAGGGGCUCUUAAGUUCUUCAGAGUCCAGCUCCCAAAACGCUACAGAGCUGCAGAAAACGCCCGCAGGCUUAUGGAUCAGGCCUGCAACAUCAAGGUUCCAACCAAGAAGCUUAAGAAGUUUGAGAAGGAAUAUCAGACACUGAGGGAGAGCCAGCUGCAACAAGAGGACCCCAUUGAUCGAUACCAGAGGGAGAACCGUCGUCUUCAGGAGGCCAGUAUGCGGCUCGAACAGGAGAACGAUGACUUGGCCCAUGAGCUGGUCACCAGCAAGAUCGCCCUGCGUAACGACCUGGACCAGGCUGAAGACAAGGCCGAUGUUUUGAACAAAGAGCUGCUGAGCACCAAGCAGCGUCUUGUGGAGACGGAGGAGGAAAAAAGGCGACAGGAGGAGGAGACCGCUCAGCUGAAAGAAGUGUUCAGGAGGGAGCUGGAAAAAGCCGAGCUGGAGAUCAAGAAAACCACAGCCAUCAUAGCUGAAUACAAACAGAUCUGCUCCCAGCUGAGCACCAGGCUGGAAAAACAGCAGGCGGCAACAAAAGAAGAGCUGGACAUUGUCAGGGGUAAAGUAAUGGGCUGCGACCACUGCAGAGAUCUAUUCAGCACCCUGGGGUCCGUCCAGACAUUGUCCCCUGGCAGGGACAAGACGUCCACGGAGCCGAUGGACGAGGAGAAGGACGGACUGAAGGAGCAGCUGAGGCAUCUGGAGUUGGAGCUGGCACAGACCAAACUGCAACUUGUGGAGGCCAAGUGCCGCAUCCAGGAGCUCGAGCACCAACGGGGACUCCUGAUGAACGAGAUCCAGGCAGCCAAGAACUCGUGGCUCAGCAAGACUCUGGGCUCCCUUAAGAGCUCUGCCUCCUCCUCCUCCUCCUCCUCUUCCUCCUCCUCAUGCUCCACGUCCCAGACCCCGUCCUCUCCAAAGGAGGGCCCUGCCUAGGCGACGCUUCCCUCCAUCUCUGUCCUCGCACGAGCGGGAAGGAGAAGGAGCAAUGAGAGGAUGCAGUAUUCCUUUUUUCUAGCAGGUGGAAAGGCAGAGCUUGUUGCUCUGAGCUUGUUGCUCUGCCUUUCCAGAUCUGCUUCUUGGACUGCAGAAAUCUGAAAAAAUGAGCAAAGGGACAGGCGGAGGACUGGACAAAGCCGCCUGUCUGUCACUUCAUGUUUACAUUUCAGUGUCUGCUUCAAAGGUGAUGCGACAGCUGACUGAAUUGGGAAUCAGAUUUAAAGUUUGUUUUAAGUUCGGCAUUUGCGGAGGAAACUUCUUUUUAGGGUUUGAUGCCUAAAUUUAAAGAACACUGAAUUGAUAUUCAAACAUAUACAUAUGCUGUCAACCCUCUCAUAGGUCAAUAAUUUAGCUCCACCUAGUGGCCAGACAUUGCUACUGCAGAGUCGUAGUCUUGCAUAUGAGGGAGAUUGUUGUCAGGGUUUUACCUACAUCUGGUCACACAAUAGGAAGAAUAUGUCGAGUGAAAGUGUCAUGGCUGCAGCUGCAAAGAGAAAUAACCACAGCACCCUGAAAAAGGGAAUACUGCAUUCAGAUUCUUCAACAAGAACAAAACAAAAAGUUCUUUUGUUUAUAGUAAUAUAACAUCAACAAUGUUGUCAUAUAAAUAUGUAUAACUAAUUAUUGAUUUUUGUAAUAAUCUUGUACAGUUCUUUAAGAGAAGAGAAACACACAAGGAAGAGUUCUUUGUUAAUUUUUUUUUAUUACUGUUUGGAAAUUUUGAAUGUCAUCUCUCUAGAUGUUGAUGUAAGCACAGUGUGUGAUCGAUGUGGUCGAGUCCAAUCGCUGCCGAGCAAAAGUGACAACCUGCAGAGACGUUUUUGUGAUCAGUGUUCCUCCUCCUCGUUCAGCCAUGGGUUAAAGUAAAUACUGCAAAUAUACAUCCAGAUACAGAUUUCUUUAACUCCUAGUUCCAGAUCAUGAGACUGUGUGUAAUUUAGGCUUCUUUUACCUCCAGGUUUUAAAAAUGCAGCCAUCUAUUUGAGCACAGUGCGGUCAGCUGUGAUCAGAACAGAAACGGGCUCCCUUCCUACUCCGUCUCUGUUCUGGCCCUUUUAUAAGUGGAGUGAUUUUAUUUGGAAUAAGCAUAAAAGUGUCAAAGUCUUCAAUAUUCUUUUGAAACUGUACACAACCUAUAGACUGACCUUGGUUGUAUUUUUUGUCGUGAAAAUGUUUUUAAACAAGCUCUGUUUUAGAACCACACAUCUCUGGCGUCUGGUGAGAAAUCAGAGCUUUUUUGUCACUAAGAAGAAGCCAAUUUUCCCAUCUUUAAUCCAUCCCAGACUUAAAAUAAAUGGCUUUCACAGGGCGUGAUAAUCUAUCACAGUAAUCAUGGAGAAAUAGUGUCUCUCUUUUAGCUAACAACACCCACUGGAAGUCAUUAUUCAAUAAACAACUAGCUAAACUUUAAUCAGCUAGAUUAAGUUGUGUUGCCCAACACACAUCGCCAAAUUCUCCUAAAGCCAUUUGCACAGCUGUGCCAUCCAACUUGUCUGUUCUUUAUCUUGUCAAAAGUCCACCUUUUUUUUUAAUUCCUCACACAAUGAGAACAGUAUGUGAUUCUAUAGUCUUCCCUGCGUCCAUGUUGAACUGCUUGCUCUGUUGCUUAGUGCUAACACUUGCUGUAUUAAACUCUAGCUGCGUACUGAUGGUUUAUUGAAAGUUAAAAACAAUAUCAAGUCCAAAGCUGAAUUAAAAAAACUGGUCUUAAAUGAUGCAUGAGUAAAAGUCAAAUUCUAAUAGCUCAUCAUCUUGUAGUCAUAUUGGAUCACUCUGUCUGAACCUCAGUACAGUACGAGUGAGAUGACCAGCAGACGGUGUUUCAUGUAAAAUAGUUUAAAGAUCCACUUAAUGAGCUGACAUUUUAAAAGGAAAAACAACAAAUGCAAGGUCAAUUAUUUUUCUGUGUGCUGCAUUGUUUGUAGUAUUAAGCUUUAACAUGAACACUUUUUAUUAUCAUGAUAGCCGACAGAGCUGCAGCAUACGUGCCAAAUGUCCUGCUUUUUCAUUUUCUUCACUCUGAUUGUCACUCAACUCAGCUUUUGGACUUCGACCAAGUCCUUUUGUAAUUGUCUGUGCGUGAAUGUGUGUGUGUUUUUGAAGGUGUGUGUGUGUGUGUGUGUGUGUGUUCUGCACUGUAAUCCAGUGGUAAGGUUCAACACAGUUACUUGUUCACGUGGCUGCCUUUUCUGUUCAUGACUGAAGCCCUUUGCUGAUGAGAGGAAAACCAUGUGGCUGUUCAAAACGUGCGAUGGAGUCAGCUGUGCCAUAAAUGUCUUACCCCUGCUCCGUCCCCCAGUGACCUCACCCAACUUUUCCAACAACCAUGUCAUCUCAUCCUCUACCUGAAUCACACGUUUCCUCAAAUGAGCCCCCUGACAACGACCUCCGAGCAGCUCCACUUGACGAAAUGCAUCACUAUCAUGGAUAGGGAGAGAGAGGACACAGACUGGCUGAAUACAAUUGAAUUCCAGGUGUGCUUCGCAUUUCCAGGACAUUCCUUCUUUAAUGUAGCGCAUCAUGUUUGUUGAUCACAUGUCUGACAGUUACAAUGUCAUUAAAGUCAUGUAAACCGUGGCAAAGUUAGAGAGAGAGCUCCCCGGUCUUUAAUGUGCACUAAAGCAACAUUGAUAUUUUAAACACUAUUUCAAGAUGUGUGUGUGUGUUUGAAUGUUAUUCUGAUCACAGAGUAUAAUUAUUUUUCAACUGGUGAUUAUUGUUGCUAAGAGGACAGAUGCCAAUUUAUAAUCCGCUCUAAUCCACGGUUAAUUUCAAAGAUAUAAAAGCAGGCCUGGAGUCAGAUUAGAGGUGUGAUGUGUUGUAAUCUGUCAAACAACAGUCCUGUUACAUAUGGAGGGGCCGCUCCUCAACACUGUUAGCUGUACAAAAACUGUCUGCAUUAAUAAAUCUCAGUUUUUCUGUUCA